AUGAUUGAAAACGCGGUCCAGCCCUCCUCUGCUGCCGGACAUGCUUUUGUCCUCCUGCCCCGCUCACCCGAUGUUGCAGUAAUACAGAUGGAUCGUAGUAGAGAGGCAGAAAUGGAGUUAAGGAGAUCCUCAAGCCCAGGCAAGCUAAGCAAGAAUGACAUGGAUGCUGACAAGACCAUGUGCCACAGCUGCUGCAUCUGCGGUAAAAGUUUCCCUUUUCAGAGCUCCUUGUCGCAGCACAUGAGGAAGCACACGGGCGAGAAGCCCUACAAAUGCCCUUACUGUGAUCACAGAGCUUCCCAAAAGGGCAACCUGAAGAUCCACAUCCGUAGUCACAGAACAGGCACUUUAAGUCAGGGGCACGAGGCGGAGAUGGGAGAGGUGCAGCUGGGGGAGAUGGGCGUUUCGGAGGGCCUCGGCGGGUGCACCAGCCCCACUAAAAGUACGUCCGCCUGCAACAAGAUCUUGAACGGUACCGCUCAGGUAGAUAGCAGCAAGAUCUUGUUGAGAAGCAGCAAGAAGGAGGUCAUGGAGUUAGCGCCAGCUGAGGAGGAUGGCAAGCUGACCUCUUACCAGUGCACCUUCUGCAAAAACAAAUUUGAAAGGAAGAAGGACCUGGAGCAGCACCUGCACCAGGUCCACAAACCGUUCAAGUGCAGGUUGUGUAGCUACAUGACUCUGAGGGAGGAGACGCUGUUAAACCACAUAGAGAAGGACCAUAUAACAGCUCAGGUCCCAAAUGGGGAGGCCUAUACCGAGAACUGCAAGAGCGAGCUGAGCACGGGCGAGUUUCCAUGUGAAGUCUGCGGCCAGGCCUUUAGUCAAACCUGGUUCCUGAAAGCUCACAUGAAAAAGCACAGGGGGUCAUUUGAUCACGGGUGCCACAUUUGUGGCAGGAGAUUCAAAGAGCCCUGGUUUCUCAAAAACCACAUGAAGUCGCAUGGCCCCAAGACCGGGAGCAAAAACAAACCAAAAAAUGAUUUGGAGCUCAUAGCCACUAUCAAUGAUGUGAUACAGGAGGAGACGAUUGUGACGGGCCUGUCUCUGUACGAAGUUUGCACCAAGUGUGGAAAUCUGUUUACAAAUAUGGAAAGCCUGAAAGCGCAUAAUGCUGUUCACUACCGGGCGCAGCGGGGCAGCGCCGGGGAUAAAGCUGAGGGCUUAAUUGAUGGAAGCCUAAGCUCCUCAGUAACGAAGCAGUUUUUCUUGCAGUGUCUCAAUCUAAGGCCAUCUGUAGGGCUGGAUAGAGUUACAAGAGGACAGCCUGGGAAAAGAGUAGCCGAGCUGGAUCCGGUCAGUAGCUACCAAGCUUGGCAGCUGGCCACCAAAGGAAAAGUAGUAGAGCCCUCAGAGUAUGUGAAGUAUGUGGGAUGGGACGAGGCCCUAGCAGAUGCGGACGUGACUUACGACAAGGAUAAGAGAGAGUAUAUCCUCGUCAACCAGGAGAAGCGCAAGCGAGACCAGGACUCGCCCAGCUCUUCUAGCAACCCCAAGAAGAAGAGCUGCACCAGUGGGCGCCUGGAGAAAACCGGCGGUGCCCCACCAGGGGAGAGCUGCCCGAUCGCCCAGGGGGACCUGGACUACCGCCCUGCCUCGCGGCAGGGCCGACGGGCUGCCCAGAACAAGUCCACCGAGUGCUUCGAGUGUGGGAAGAUCUUCCGCACCUACCACCAAAUGGUGCUGCACUCCCGGGUGCACCGCAAGGAGCGGAGGACCUGUGGUGAGGGCGGGACGGCCGCCCAGCCCGACCGCUACGGCUCCAGCAGCGAGGAAGGGGACUCGGGGUCUGUCAGCGGGCCCAGCACCCCUGGCUCUGCAUCCGCCCCGGAGGACUCUGCCACCUCCGGCCUGGGGGAGGAGGGGGCCGAGGAGAGUUCGGAGGAGGGAGCAGCCGAGCCCUCGCUAGAAAGAAGCCGAGUGACAAUGUCACACAAUCAUUUUCAAGUGGAAUGCUUGGCAAAGUCCCCAAGGGAGAAGUAAGAGAAAACUUCAAACAGGCAUCAAACCAGAGAGUUAAGGAGUAGAUAAUGGUAUAUCUGAGAACUAUGAAAGUGUUUAUGACCAAGAUCUUCCAGCAGGAUUUCCCGCUGCGUGUUACUAUUUUCAAACAUACAGCUGUGUCUAAUUAUCUAAAGCUG